GUAUGGCGAUGGAGACAAAUUUGGCACCAUGUUUCGUCGAUGGAGUAACUCUCACCACAGUGAGGAAGAUGACUCGCUGCAGUUUGAAUCUAAGAUCAUGGGCAUCGGAGGCAAAGUCGGCGGGAAUCACAGCGGGGUGAUUCGACUUCAUCGACUUUCGUUGGGACACUUCAUCCCGGAACGCCUGGUCCUAGAGGCCAGUACAUGGUUCCAAGCAGUUACAGUUUCCCAAGGUCGAUGAGUACUCCCUCAAGGAAGAUUGACGGGAGUUCGGCCACGUCUGGCGGUUCCAGAAGCGGUGGUUUCCCAAAGUCCAGGACUAUGGUGGGCCCUGAUGCUCAUUCAGGAUCUUCGGUUCUCAUCUGCCACAAGUGCGGGGAGCAAUUCAAGAAGUUGGAUGCUGUUGAAGCUCAUCAUCUCUCCAAACAUGCUGUAACUGAACUAAGUGAUGGAGAUUCAUCCAAAAGGAUAGUGGAAAUAAUCCGCCAAACGAGCUGGUUGAAGUCUGAGCACAGCAGUUGUGGACAGAUUGAGAGGGUCUUGAAAGUCCACAACAUGCAAAGGACCCUCGCCCGGUUCGAAGAAUAUCGAGAGAUGGUCAAGAUCAGAGCCAGCAAGUUAUCCAAGAAGCACCCCCGCUGUUUGGCUGAUGGGAACGAGCUCCUAAGAUUCUAUGGCACGGCCGUGGCUUGCUCGCUUGGCACCAAUUCUCUUGUGCCAAGUGUCAAACAACCGUGUUGAUAUGAAUUCAAUAUUCUAUCAAACACUCUUGAGGCAGUCAUUAGUUGGUCCAAUUCCUAGUAGAGAUACACUAGCAGACACUACUUUUUUGGUGCACCACCAAGAGGCCAUAGUCAACUUAUCUCGUAGUCCAGCGGCCAACAAAGAAUAGAGCAACAUAGAUUAGUCCCAUUUUAAAGUUUGCCUGCUCUCUCAUGCCAUGCCCGUCUCUUUUUGCAUUGCUCUUGGCUCUUGUUUCAUCUUUGGCUUGGUACAUCAUCCAUCUGUGCAUGAGAUGCUGUUACAGUUGUAGAAAUGCUUUAAAUCCAUCAUUUUGAAGGCUAAUAUCCCGAGACCCCUUAUUUUCUCACUUCGUUGUGCUGUUAAUAUGAGAGGAUGUAUUUCCUCCUCUUUUUAAAGCCAAGUUACGAGAAUUCUCCCGAUCCAAGACUGACGCUUCACAUUUUUUGGCGCAGGUUGUGAAGUACUUCUUGGAUGCUAAGACUUUUCAAAAGGUUAAGUUUGUGUACCUGAAGAACAACGACAGUGUCGAGCUCAUGAGAUCAUUCUUUGAUGAGGAGAACCUUCCUACUGAGUUCGGAGGAAGAGCAAAACUGAAGUACGACCAUGAAGAAUUCUCUAGGCUAAUGGCUCAGGAUGAUAUUAAGGCAGCCAGUCUGUGGGGAUUUGAUUGGCAACCUGAGAGGGCCUUUCAUGACGGGAACAAGCAUUCUGGAGCUGAGGUGGCUCCUGAGCCUGUUGGGGUUGCACCGCCAGCAAGCUGAGCAUCUAUACUGCAUUCGGUAGGUAGAUAAGCAGGCUAAUGUGCGCACCCGAAUGAACAAACGUGAUGGUCGUGAACCUGGCUAGUUAGGAUGGGUGGCUGCUAACUGUCUCCGGCUAUACGUGAUAUUAUAUAUUAAUACAGAGUACCUACAACUGAUGAUAUAACUAGCAUUCUGCUGGUAUAACUUCCCCUGUCGCGGGGACCUGUCUCGAUUUCCAUAUUGGAAAAAAUUUGCACCAUUUGGUCCAUAAACUUAUAUUGUUAAACUUCAUUCGAUAUCUAAAUUCGACCCUAUAUUUUCAUUGCA